GCUGGAGUGUCAAAUUGUCAAGUUAAGUUAUAUUGUUUGUGUCCGUGCGUUACCUGGCCGGCUGCAAUCGAGAAACAUAACCUCUAAUUUGUUUGUUGUGAUAAGAUGAGUGAUAUGGAAAUGGACGAUUCGAUAGAAUAUUGUACUCCUCCUGAAAUUCGCAAUGCCGCAGAGGAAGCGAAAGCAAGUUCAUUGCCAAAAAAAUCAUUUCCAAUAUACAAUCUUGCCUACAAAAAGUUCAUGGAUUGGAGAGCUGAAAAAAAACUCGAACAUUUCUCCGAAAACGUUCUUCUCGCUUACAUGAAGCAUCUAUCUGAAACAAAAGCUCCAACAACUCUAUGGAGUGUCUAUUCGAUAUUGAGAAGCACAUUAAAUGUUAACAAUAACAUAAAAAUUGAAGGGUAUAUUAAUCUCCGCGCUUUCUUAAAAGCUAAGUAUAAAGGGUUUAAGCCAAAAAAGUCUAGUGCUUUAACAUCGGACCAAGUUCGACAAUUUUUGCUAGAAGCUCCGGAUGACAAAUUUUUAGCAAUGAAGGUUGCAAUGCUUAUUGGCGUAUACGGUGCGUGUCGUUUGGAGGAAAUUACAAAUUUGUCAGUAAAGGACAUAGAAAUUCAGGGUACGUUAAUGUUAAUUAACGUUCCGAAAACAAAAACUGAUACUCCCAGAUCUUUUGUCAUUGGAGGAAAAAAUUUGGAAUUAAUUACAAAGUAUCAAUCUCUUAGACAAGCGAAUACAUCGACAGAUCGAUUCUUUUUGUGCUACCGAAAUGAAAAAUGCACUUCGCAACCCAUUGGCAGAAAUUCAUUUGCAAAAAUGCCACAAAUUAUUGCGCAAUAUUUAAAACUUCCAAAUCCAAAAACUUUUACAGGACAUUGCUUUCGUCGAACAUCAGCAACUUUACUCGCCAAUUCCGGUGCCAGUAUGACUGAUAUGAUGCGCCAUGGCGCUUGGAAAUCGCCCGCUGUCGUUGAAGGCUAUAUUGCCGAUUCAGUGCACCAAAAGACAAAAACUAUGUCAAAAAUUGGUUCAGAAAUCAAUUUACCAAGUACUUCAAAUGCAAACCAAUUUCAAAAAUCAGGCGUCAUGGAAUCAGAUUCAAAUAACAAUGGCUGUCGGAAUUCUUUUGCGGACGGUGAAAAUCAUCAGAAACCUAUCGGAGAAAAUGAAUCAAACAGUGAUUCACCGCGUCAGUUCGAUUUAGAAUUUUCAUUCCCCGAAUUAGAUGAAGCAAUUCAAGAAACAUGCGUCGAGACAAAUAAAAUUAGAAAUUCACUAAAUCAAGUAAAUACAAAUGUAUCAGAGGCGAAUUCUGUAAACAAAGUAUUAUCUGGACAAGAUAUACAACUUCAUUUGACAAGCUGUUCUAACAUUAACAUCCACAUUCAUUCUCAUAAAAUGUGUUACACAAAGCACUGUGUGCACUUCAUGCAGAAAGAGCCUUUUCCGGCCAGUUUGAUUGCUGCAGUCGCUACGCUCGAGCAGCAACUAACAAACUCGCCGGAAAACGGCUUCUUUCCGCACUUGGUGCACAAUGUACUAUUCCUCAUUUACAAAACUCGUGAGAUUUAUUGCGUGGACAAGAGAUGUUGUUUUGAUCGGGAGCGACAAUCAGAGAAGAAUGGAUUGGCCUCUUGGGCGAGUCGUCGAAACAAUAUCGGUCGUGAUGGACAGAUAAGAGUAUGUUUAAUAAAAACAAAAAACGGAUUGUUUAAACGACCAGUGCAGAGAAUCUAUCCAUUAGAAACUCCAAUUGGUGAAAAUGAACCUUGUAUAAAAUCAAUUAAGUGUGAGCCGCUUGUCGAUCAAGUAGACGACUUAUUGGAAGCAAAAGAAAAUUCCAAUAAGAGCUUUCAAAAUAAUGAAAUUGUAACGACGAAAAGUGGUCGUAUUAGUAAAAAGCCAGAUAGACUAAAAUAUUAG